UUAUUAAUAUGUUGUUAUAUAUCUAUGAAGCAGCUGGAGAGAGCCGGUUGUUUUUGUAUGAAAAAUAUUUGGUCGACAACAAACUUUAAAGCAUCCAUCAAAUUUAUUAAAUCUGGAGUUUAUAAAUGAAUAGCAUGAUUUUGUUUUCGGCUGGAAAUAAAAUACAAUCGGUGAUAAACCUUUUGCCAUCUGGGAAGUUACAACAAUGUCAGAGGAGCACAAGUUUGUCCGUGCGAUCCUUUCACAAGGCGUACUUGGAGCGAGUUACGGUGAUCGGGGGAGGCCACAUGGGGUCGGGCAUUGCACAAAUCUCGGCAGCUGCUGGAAAUUUCGUAACAGUUGCUGAUGUAAAUGAAAAUGCGCUUUCAAAAUCUCGACAACGAAUGGAACAAAGGCUCGUGCGAUUUUCAAAAAAACUAUUGAAGGACGAUGCAGAAAAAAUUCAUAAGCAAGUGGAAACUGUAUUAAGCAAAAUUCAAUUUACCACCGAUAUAAAGAACGCGGUUAAGCAAUGCGAUCUGGUAGUGGAAGCAAUUCCGGAGGACAUUGAGCUUAAGCACAAAUUGUUUGAAACAAUUGAUAAAGUUGCUCACGAGGCCACAAUAUUUGUCACAAAUACGUCUUCCAUCCCGGUUCAUGAAUUGGCUCAAGCUUUGAGUUCAAAAAGGAAGGAGCAGUUUGCUGGAACUCAUUUCUUUGAACCCGUGACUGUAAAGUUGUUGGAAGUUGUGCGAAUUCCAGAGACGAGGGAAGAAGUAUUUCACAAGGUGAUGGAGUGGGGCAGAUUCAUCGGUAAAGUUCCCGUUGUCUGUAAAGAUUCUCCCGGAUUUAUUGUAAAUCGACUCAACAUUCCCUAUCUAAUUAACGCAGUCAGCAUGUUUGAGCGUGGUGAUGCGUCAUAUCAAGAUAUUGAUGUUGCCAUGAAACUAGGGGCUGGUUACCCUUAUGGUCCUUUCGAGCUUGCUGAUUAUGUUGGACUGGAUGUCAUUUACAUGAUAUUAAUCGGGUGGGAACGUCGGUUUGCAGACGUCGAGAGAUUCAAGUGUCCAAACACCAUAAAGGAAAUGUACAAACAAGGGAGAUUUGGAAAAAAGUGUGGACAAGGUUUCUACUCGUAUUGAGAAUCUUGUGAUAUGUAAAUAUGUUCGUCCAUGCAAAUUGCUCACAUUACAUAAUAAACUACAUACAGUCUAAAUUCGCACUAAA